AUAUAGCCGAAGUAAUACAUAGGUAGAAAAAGAAUGCUUGAUAUAAGUAGUACAAAUAUUUUUUAUUAAUAUUAAAAAAUUCAUAAAAUUAUAUAAAAAUUAUAUAAUACUUUUUCUAUAAUGAACAAUUGAUUUAAUAGAAUUAUCAAUAAAAGUCAUUAUUUAAUAUAUAUAAUAAACAAUGAACCAGGCAAAAAUUGAAAAACUAGUUUCUAGAUUAAGAUAUAAUAUUAGGUCAGAACCACGUAAAUUAAAAAAUGUAGAUGGUCCAGAAGGAAGAUUACGAAAAAUUAAAAAAACAUUAACCGCUGUAAUUAAAUAUGAGAGAAUUGAAUUGAAUUAUGCAAGAGCAGAUGAAACAAGAGGUUAUGUUGAACAGUUAAUAUCAGAAGCAUUACGUUAUGGCCCUGAUCAUAAAGAAACUAUGGAACUUGCAAAUUUUUGGAUAAUUGAAAAACAAUUUGUUCAUAAACUUUUUAAAGUACUUGUACCAAGAUAUGAAAAUUAUACAACUUCAUUUACAAAACUUCAUAAUGCACCAUGUAUAUAUCCUGGAUUUGGAUUUAAGAGAGCUAUUUUAGAAUUGAAGGGAAACAUAUAUCCCCCUAUAGAACAAUCUAAUCCACAUCAGCAUAAUUUACUUCACAAUAUAUUACUUGAUGCAGCUAGAAAAGAAUAUAGAAUGGAAAAAUAUAAAGAAAUAACUACUAAUAUAAAUUUAUAAGUGUAUGUACUUUUUAUUAUCGAAUAAUAUAAAAAAUAUAUAAUAUUAAUAUAGAUUAUUAAAUAUAAUUAAUUUGAUUUAUUAUUAUUACUUUAUUAAAUUUAUUUAUUAAACUAUUCAUUAUUAUGAUUGUUUGAUUGUUUGAAAAGAUGCAAUGGAUAAUAUUUGUGAAAUUCA